AUGCCACAGAAGGACGCUGCGCAAGAUGCAGCUCCCGGGCAGCCUCAGCCCCCCGCGGACGCAGGUUCGGCGCCGCUGGGCGGCUGGGAGCCGGAGCAGGAGGACAGCCGCUCCCUGGAAGAUGUGGAGCAAGAUUUGGAUGAUUUGGCCGAAGAUGAUGGAGGUGCCAAAGAAAGGCCAGAUGGAGGUGCCGAAGUGCUAGUGCACGAGCCCUCGCAGAUAGCAGUUCCUGCACCGGAUAUGCCAGACGAAGUGCACCAGGAAGCUGCCACAGGAGCAGAGAGUGCGGCUCCUGCCUUAGGUAAAGCUGCACUGUCCGAGGCGGAACGACCGGAAGGCGCGGCCGUGUCCAGCAAGAUGGCGGAUGUGGACCGUGCUUCCGACCGCAGGCUUAGGGCAGAGGACGGUGCAGAUGCGAAGAAGGAAGCUGGUGAAUCAGCAGAUAGAGUUGAGGCCGAGGCUCCGAUCGGGGUCCUGCACGACGUACAAGAGCACGAGCAGCAGCAGGUGCGCGCAAGUGGCGAGGGGACGGCAGCGGAAGUGGCAGCGGGAGGAGGUGACAACCGCACGCUGCCUGAAGAGGACAAGCUAGGCGAUGAGGGCACAUCCGUGAAGAUCGCGGAUGCAGACAGCGCUCCCGACCCGAGAAUGAGAGGAGAGCUGCAACGCGGUGGGGAUGGCGUAUCUUCUCAAGAAGACGAGGCCACAGGAGGAGACGCCGUUGAUGUGGAGGCUCCUGCAGUCACGGGGGACGCGGCCGUGUCCAGCAAGAUGGUGGAUGUGGAACGUGCUUCCGACCCCAGGCUUGGCGCAGAGGACGGUGCAGAUGCGAAGAAGGAAGAUGGUGAAUCAGCAGAUAGAGUUGAGGCCGAGGCUCCGAUCGGGGUCCUGCACGACGUACAAGAGCACGAGCAGCAGCAGCAGCAGCAGCAGGUGCGCGCAAGUGGCGAGGGAACGGCAGCGGAAGUGGCAGCGGGAGCUGGCAGCACGAUGCCUGUCCGUGACAACCGCACGCUGCCUGAAGAGGACAGGCCAGACGAUCAGGGCGUCUCCAUGAACAUCGCAGAUGCAGACAGCGCUCCCGACCCGAGACCCAGAAGAGAGCUGCAACGCGGUGAGGGUGGCGUGUCUUUGCAAGAAGACGAGGCCACAGGAGGAGACGCCGUUGAUGUGGAGGCUCCUGCAGUCAUGCACGGCUCCGAGCUGCCGAAAGGGCAGUCGAGCGGCAGCAAAGAGGAGGGAGGAGCAGACAAGGAGUUGCCCGAGCCGGAGCGACCGGGGGACCCAACCACUCCCGAGCCCAGGCCCGGCGCAGAGGACAGUGCAGGUGGAGUUGACGUUGAGGCUCCGGCCACUGCCUUGGAUACAGCGCAGGGAGAGGAGGGCCCUUCUGAUGCAGUCGUCGGGGCUGCCACGGAACACGGGGAUGCCGAGCCACGGCAGGAGCAGGGUCAUGUCAAGAAUGUCCCCGAGACUGCCGGAGACUUGGCUUGA